AUGGCCGACUCACCUGCAUCCGAGCCGUCGCAGGACCAUGAGUCAGGUGACGAGUCCAAUGCGGCACAACAGGCUGCUGCCAAAGCAGCUACGGUCAAGGACAAGGAAUGCCAGUAUUGUCACCAGCAUUUCACAUCUUCCUCCCUCGGCCGUCAUCUCGAUCAAUUCAUCUCGAAGAAGAAACCCGACGGCAUCCACGACGUGGACGAAAUACGAAGACUGCGAGGAGGCAUCACGCGCCGUACGGCGAGAAGCAGCAGGAAAGACAAGCACAAUGGACACGAGGAUGCUCGCUCGUCCCAGGGUUCCCCAGCGCUCGGUCCAAGUCCUCAACCGGGCACACUGGUCUCUUCGGCGAUUGAACUGAACCGUAUACCUCCGGGGGGAAUGCACGUGCGCUUGAACAGGUUGAACUGGGAGGCUACAGGUGUCAUUACAGAUCCAGCAACCCUCGACUCCCCAGUCAUUGCCGCUCCACCCACGCCGGCUGUCGUGUCCAGCCCUUUGGGCCUGAAGCGCAGUUUCUCGACGUACGCCCAAGACCUCAAUCCCGCGAACAAUGCAGUGACCACGAGAGCACUCGAGCUUGCUCUUCGGGAAGUCCUCGAUUCUCUUCGCACGGCCACCAAGCAUACCUCGCCGAAACCUUCUCCCUUCAACUUCGAUGUUCAGUCGCAGACCUUCCCUUCCCUUUGUCUAAAAGUCCUGCCCGCGCCAGCGACUCUCUUCCAAGCCUCUCCAUUCUCCACGCCACAGUCGAUCCCGAUCAACCCGCCUGGUCCAGACCAGCUUGCUCCUCUCCGCCAGAAGCUGAGCGCUGCAAUUGACUACUGGAAAUGGCAGGCUUUGCGGCUAGCUCAGCCUACGUCUUCAAACAUUGGGGAAGAGGCGGACUUUCUGUCACACAAUGCGAAGCAAUGGAUGGAAUCUACCCUUGCACACGUAGAUGCGAGCUACCAGAAUUGGAUGGCGCAUCCGGUCGAUAUCCGCAAUCUACUUUGGCAGGUGGAGUUGCUCCGGGCAUAUAAUUCAGAACAGCAGAAGGUGCGAGAAAUGGAAGAGAAACUAGAGCGGCUGCAACAAGAAGCGGACCAGUUGCAACAGCAGGUCGAAUACCUGUCCCGCUGUCAGUGGCCACGAGAGAUGGCCUUGUGGCCUCCCGAGCGAAAGACGUUCGGUGCCACUAUGCGCGAAGAGUUGCGGAUGAUCAAUCUGAACAAAGGCCGCGCUGGUUCGCACGGACCAGGCGGUGCUGACGAGAGGAUAAAUGCGCCUGGUGAAAGCGUGAUUACGAGACUGGGUGACAAAUGGGACUUUGACAAACUGGUCAACAAGUGGAAAGCGCACGUGAAGGAGGACAGGAAUCGGCGCAUGCCCGUUCCGCAGUCUCAGCAGACGAUGGACGGGGUCGUAGCCGGACCACCACCAGUGUCGAAAGUGUCGGAGCUCAAGAAAACACAGAGUGAGCCAGGCAUAAACGGCUUGUCGAAUAGAUUGGCGCCAAACAGCCUGGAAGAAAGACGACGGAGCAUGAGGAAUCAAAAAGGGAACAUUAGCAUCCUCUCAGAUCUGUGA